AUGGGCCAAGGUUGGUUGUUGUACCAGGACAAUGCCCCGUGCCACAAGUCACAGCUGCUGAUGGGACGCCGUAUUCGACUCACCAAUGGAGGAACGACUCUGGUGCCAGGAUGGUUCUUGUAUCCUACAUUUAAAUUUGGUGGUGGACCGAUCAUGCUAUGGGGACAAUGCCCCGUGCCACAAGUCACAACUGCUGAUGGGACGCCGUAUUCGACUCACCAAUGGAGGAACAAUGGAGGAACGACUCUGGUGUCAGGAUGGUUCAAAUCAAACCGUGUUCAACUUGUUUCUGCGCCUCCCUAUAGUCCUGAUUUGUAUGUGAUCGAGAACAUAUCAGUAAUUGCGGCUCGUGGAGGACCUACUAAGUAU